UAUUCCGCUCGCGUCCCCGGGAUGCCCGGGGCCCCGAGGAGGGGGCGGCCCGGGCGCCUGGAGGCUGCCUCUCGGGGACCUGGGGCGCUUCCCGAGGUGACCCGCAGAGCAGGCGCCUCUCGGUCCUGGCGGAGGCUGAGCACCUGGCCCUGGCGGGACCGGGACGGGGUGCCCUCAGGCCGCCCGCGGCCCGGCGCCCCCGCACUCUGCUGGCACCUGGAGGCUCUGCCGCGCGGGAGGAGAGCUGUGCCUCGUUUUCCCAGCCGGUAACACGACCCGGCGGCGAAAGUGGAUCUCCGCGGUUGCCUUCAGCCUUGAGGUUUUCCGAGUGUGUAAUUGAAGUCGAAGAGGAAGAAGCAGAUUCCUGGGCUAUAUGGUAUCACUAUUGAAGAGCUGUCCUGCAUGCUCCAAGGAUGUGUGGUCACUGCUGCUCAACGCCCUUAUUGGACCAGGUUCCUGCCAGCUUGAUCCCAUGCUUGGAUUCCAAGGUGACCAUGGAGGCUGGCGGCCUCCCCUUGGAGCUGUGGCGCAUGAUCUUAGCCUACCUGCACCUGCCCGACCUGGGCCGCUGCAGCCUGGUUUGCAGGGCCUGGUAUGAACUGAUCCUCAGUCUCGACAGCACUCGCUGGCGACAGCUGUGUCUGGGAUGCACCGAAUGCCGCCACCCCAACUGGCCCAACCAGCCUGAUGUGGAGCCUGAGUCUUGGCGGGAGGCCUUCAAGCAGCAUUACCUUGCCUCCAAGACGUGGACCAAGAAUGCCCUGGACUUGGAGUCCUCUGUCUGCUUUUCUCUAUUUCGCCGGAGGAGGGAACGCCGUACCCUGAGUGUUGGGCCAGGUCAUGAGUUUGACAGCCUGGGCAGCGCCUUGGCCAUGGCAAGCCUGUAUGACCGAAUUGUGCUAUUUCCAGGUGUGUAUGAAGAGCAGGGUGAAAUCAUCCUGAAGGUGCCCGUGGAGAUCGUAGGCCACGGGAAGUUGGGUGAGGUGGCCUUACUCGCCAGCAUCGAUCAGCACUGCUCCACUACACGCCUGUGCAACCUUGUCUUCAUGCCGGCCUGGUUCUCACCCUUCAUGUUUAAGACAACAUCGGGUCAUGUUCAGUUUGACAACUGCAACUUUGAGAAUGGGCACAUCCAGGUCCAUGGCCCAGGCACCUGCCAAGUGAAGUUUUGUACCUUCAAAAACACCCAUGUUUUCCUGCACAAUGUGCCCUUGUGUGUCCUGGAAAACUGUGAAUUUGUGGGCAGUGAAAACAACUCUGUGACUGUUGAGGGCCACCCAUCUGCAGACAAGAACUGGGCCUACAAGUAUCUACUAGGGCUUAUCAAGUCUUCACCCAGCAUACUCCCCACAGAGGACUCUGACUCUUUAAUGUCCCUAGACCUGGAGAGCAGGGACCAGGCCUGGAGCCCAAGGACCUGUGACAUUGUCAUCGAGGGCAGCCAAAGCCCUACCAGCCCAGCUUCUACCUCCCCAAAGCCAGGCUCCAAGGCUGGCUCACAGGAGGCAGAGGUGGGCAGUGAUGGGGAAAGGGUGGCCCAGACUCCAGACAGCAGCGAUGGAGGCCUGAGUCCUAGUGGUGAGGAUGAGGAUGAGGACCAGCUCACAUACAGACUGUCCUACCAAGUGCAGGGCCCACGCCCUGUCCUGGGGGGCUCCUUUCUCGGCCCACCACUUCCAGGAGCAUCCAUUCAGCUGCCCAGUUGCCUAGUGCUGAACUCACUGCAGCAGGAGCUGCAGAAGGACAAGGAGGCCAUGGCACUGGCCAGCUCUGUGCAGGGCUGCCUCAUCCGCAAGUGCCUCUUCCGGGACGGGAAGGGAGGUGUCUUUGUUUGCUCCUAUGGCCGAGCCAAGAUGGAAGGAAACAUCUUCCGGAACCUGACUUAUGCGGUGCGGUGUAUACAUAAUAGCAAGAUUGUCAUGCUCAGGAAUGACAUUCACCGUUGCAGAGCGUCAGGCAUCUUUCUUCGCUUGGAGGGCGGAGGCUUGAUCGCUGGCAACAACAUUUACCACAAUGCGGAGGCCGGCGUAGACAUCCGGAAAAAGUCCAACCCACUCAUUCUGUGUAACCAGAUCCACCAUGGCCUUCGUUCUGGCAUUGUCGUCCUUGGCAAUGGGAAAGGCAUCAUCCGGAACAAUCAAAUCUUUUCAAAUAAGGAGGCUGGCAUUUAUAUCCUGUACCAUGGAAAUCCAGUCGUGAGUGGGAACCACAUUUUCAAGGGUCGUGCAGCCGGCAUAGCAGUGAAUGAGAACGGCAAAGGCCUCAUCACAGAAAACGUCAUCCGUGAAAAUCAGUGGGGAGGUGUAGACAUCCGCCGUGGAGGCGUCCCGGUCCUCAGGAGCAACCUUAUCUGCUUUGGCUACUCAGACGGUGUGGUCGUGGGGGAUGAAGGCAAAGGACUGAUAGAAGGAAACACCAUCUAUGCUAAUAAGGGCUGUGGUGUGUGGAUGAUGUCGUCCAGCCUGCCUCACGUCACCAGCAACCAUGUCAGCUACAAUGGCCUGUACGGAGUGGCAGUGUUUAGCCAGAAGGACGGUUCUGGGGAGUUCCCUGGAGGUCAUGGGGCCCAGGAGAACUUCAGCGAGGACGGAGAUGCCAUCCUUUGGGAGACCGAACUGGAAAAGGACGACGACCCAUUGCGUCGGCCCGUCACCAUAGCUCUUGUUGAGUCUAACAGUAUUAAUCACAAUGGAGCCUCAGGCCUCUACGUCCAGAGCAGUGAGGCGCUGCACGUCCUCACCAAUGUGAUCCACGCUAAUGGGGACAGAGGGAUCACCGUGGCCCAGAGCAGCCAGCUCACCCGCGUGGUCAACAACAGUAUCUCCUGCAACCGCCAGAGUGGGGUCAAGGUCGAGGCCCAGUGCAAGGUGGAGCUCCGGGGCAAUGGUAUCUAUGACAACAGAGGCCAUGGCAUCAUCACCAAGGGCGACAGCACCGUCGUCAUCGAAAAUGACAUCAUUGGCAACCGGGGCAGCGGGCUGCAGCUCUUGCCCAGGUCCGACACGAAGGUAAUAAAGAACCGGAUCCAUUCAUUCCGGGCCUACGGCAUUGCAGUGCGGGGCCGCGCCAAGGCCCUGGUGCAGGAGAACAUCAUCUUCCAGGGCAAGACCAGCAAGACCAUUUUUCAGCAGAUCUCCAACAACCGAGAAUGUGUCCUGCAAAACAAUAAGUUCCUGGUGUUCAAGAAAAAAUCUGAUACGUGGCGCCUGGUGAACCCACCGGCACGGCCUCACCUUGAAAGCUGUCUCCGAGGCCCCUCUGCAGCCCACAGUGGGCAGAAGGUGACAGCCAUGGCAACGAGGAUCACAGCCCGCGUGGAGGGUGGUUACCACAGCAACCGCAGCGUCUUCUGCACCAUUCUGUAAGGAUGGGAGCCGCGGGGUGGGGUGGCUGGAGGGCUGUCCAGACUCCGGGAGCAGCAACCCCAUACCCUGCACUCAGGCUCGUGGGUGUUCAGGUGAGCCAGGAGGUAAAGGCAAUGUCAGGAUGGAAGAAGCGGCAUCUGAGGGGCUCUAGGCCCCUCUCGGUCCUCCUACUCACCGUACCCCAGAGAAAACAGGCUUCCACGCUUCCUGGGAACUGAGAAAAAAAAAAAAGAUUGGUGGGCUUCCUGUCACUCAAGCUCUUAUAGAGGUUAUGGAGUUGGGGAAAAUUGAUACUAAAACUUCAGUCAGGUCUUUCUGUGUGAAUGACAGGGAAGUGGUGUUUUACACACACCAAACCCGGACUCUAGUCAGAGAAGAGCAGACUGACUCCUGAGGGAGGAGGUGAUUCUAGUGAGGUAGAAAGAGCCCCAGAAUUUUCCCCUUUCUUGGGCCUCUCUCGAUCCCUGCAGGGAUGCGGCCACACCCUCCCGGCUGUCUACAGAGGCUGGAGGAGUUGAGUUUGGUUCCCUUCAACUUGAACGUGGACUGUGAGGGGAACAGAGAGCCUCUCUGGACAGGCUGCCUCAGGGAUGACAAGGGACAUGCUGAAAACACAGGCCUCCUUUGAGCAGCCUGGUGCCAGGUUGGGCAAGGCAAGGAUGCACGAGACUCCACUCCGCCCUCAGGGAGUUCCCAAACUCAGGAGGAUGCAGGCUCGGGGCCUGCCGCGCAAGGGUUCGGGUCCUGCGCACACCCCCACCAGCUGCCCCUCCUGGGCACCAGACUGGUGGAGAUGGAGGUGCCCAGGUCCCCUUGUCUGUAUCCGUGUUCUCUCAUGGAUAACUGCCUGCCUUUACUGACCCGACCACGGUUCCCCACUCUGUGCCUUGGCCCACGCUCUGACCUCCUCCUGGCAUGCCCUUCUCGCCAUCUGCACAUGUCACGUCCCACCUAGUCUUUGAGGUUUAGCUGAGACACUGCCUUCUCCACAGAGCUCCCGUCCCUGCAGUGACCAUGCUCUUCCCCCUCUGAGGCUCUGCUGCCCUUUCUCUGCCCCCUCUCAGGUACUGAGCACUUUCUGCCUUGCUUUGGAGUUUUCUAGGUCCAUUCCUGUCCCACUCACCUGCCUGUGAGCUCCCGGACGGUAGGACCAGCUCUCCCAGUCUGUCCCCAGUUCCUAGUCCAGGGUUGGGAUAGGGUCAGUAGCCUGAGUGAGGGGAGGAAGGCCUCCCAAAGGGCUUUACUGUACCGUACUGUGAAUGUGUCAAGGUUCCAGAGCCAGGUGGGCACAGAUCCCACCUGCUUGAGGACGGGGCUGAAUGCAGGACUGGCUCAGCCGGAACACUCCCCCUCCCACUCGGCUUUUCAUGCGGGGCCUUCACCAGCCUGUUGGGGGCGCUGUUGUGCACCUUACCAGUGGCUUCCCAGGCUGGUUCUGCCAGGCCCUAGGUGCUGCUCUCCUGGGCUGGGUGGAGGGGGUGGCUGGAGGGAGCCAGGAGCACUGGCUUCUCCCCAGGACUGUGGGCACAUGAGCACUGGCCCCUCCCGUCCCCAGCACUGUCUUUUGCACUUCUCUGGUGGCCCCAGUGGGCGUCGCUGUACAAAAUGCUGCCUUUGUUAUUUUGUAGUGACUCUUCUGUGAACCAAAUGCUCAUGAAAAUCUCUGCAACCAAAAUAAAGUUCUAUCUUUUAAAAGAA